UCUUAUUUGUUAAACUUGACAGCAACUUCUCUGUCUUUUCUUCCUCCUUCUUAGUUAUAACGCCUCUACCCUCACCAUUCCUCUCAUUGCACCAUAAAACAAAAAAGAACACAGGAAAAACAGAGAGAGAGAAAUCUUCUCAAACCAUCUUGCAGGUGUGUCUUUCAUUGUAUGUUCUACUGCUGGGUAAUUGGAAGGCUAACCAGGAGCUGCUUCAUUCCUCAAUUAUUCUUCAAACUUUCUAAGUUCAUAUUCUUCAGUGUUCUCUAGUGUCAUCACCAAAAUCAGGGAAUGCUGAAAGAUGUGCUUGAUAGUUAAGAAUUCCUUCACUGAGGCUAAUGAGUCCGUGCCUCCAUCUGAGCUAGCCUUGUUCAACCUUGAUGACAUUGGAUGUUUAGUCCACUGCCCAUAUCUAUUUUGUGCUCGAGCGACUGAGGUGCCCAGAAAUCUCAGCCAUUGUACAAUUUCCAAACAUGAUGUUUGUGAAGACGGUUGAGCUUUGAAUUUCUUGAGUGGCAGUUUCCUGCUUCUGGUCGCGUGAUUGCCUGUACUGCAUUGGUUUUCACAAAAACGUGUUUCUAGAAAUGGAGCAAAAAGGAGGUGUGCUUAUGCAACGAUAUGAACUGGGGAGAUUAUUAGGCCAAGGAACCUUUGCGAAGGUUUACCAUGCUAGAAACAUCAUAACUGGCAUGAGUGUGGCCAUUAAGAUUAUUGAUAAGGAGAAGAUUCUGAAAGUUGGGAUGAUUGAUCAGAUUAAGCGUGAAAUUUCAGUGAUGAGGCUAAUCAGGCAUCCACAUGUGGUUGAGCUUUAUGAGGUAAUGGCCAGCAAAACCAAAAUUUACUUUGUCAUGGAGUAUGUAAAAGGCGGUGAGCUCUUCAACAAGGUGUCCAAAGGAAAGCUCAAGCAGGAUGAUGCUAGGAGAUAUUUUCAGCAAUUGAUCAGUGCUGUUGACUACUGCCAUAGCAGAGGCGUGUGCCAUCGCGAUCUGAAACCAGAAAAUCUUCUACUGGAUGAAAACGGGAAUUUGAAGGUCACAGAUUUCGGGUUAAGUGCCCUUGCUGAAACUAAGCACCAAGAUGGAUUACUCCAUACUACAUGUGGUACCCCUGCCUAUGUUGCUCCAGAAGUGAUAAACAGAAGGGGUUAUGAUGGAGCCAAAGCUGAUAUAUGGUCAUGUGGGGUGAUCUUGUAUGUUCUAUUGGCUGGUUUUCUUCCAUUUAGAGACUCUAAUCUGAUGGAGAUGUACAGGAAGAUUGGCAGGGGAGAAUUCAAAUUUCCUAACUGGUUUGCACCGGAUGUACGCAGAUUGCUGUCGAAAAUCUUGGAUCCAAACCCAAAGACAAGGAUAUCAAUGGCCAAAAUUAUGGAAAGUUCUUGGUUCAAAAAGGGGUUAGAGAAGCCUACCAUUACUCAGAAUGAAGAUGAAGAACUGGCUCCUCUCGAUGCUGAUGGAGUAUUUGGAGCUUGUGAGAAUGGAGAUCCUAUUGAACCGGCAAAAAACUCAAAGCCUUGUAAUAAUUUAAAUGCUUUUGACAUCAUCUCCUAUUCCUCGGGUUUUGACUUGUCUGGUUUGUUCGAGGAGACCGAUCGAAAGAAAGAAGAGCGGUUUACAUCCGACAAGCCAGCCUCAAUCAUCAUCUCCAAGUUGGAAGAAAUUUGCAGGCGUCUUCGGCUGAAAGUGAAAAAGAAAGAUGGGGGUUUGUUCAAGUUGGAAGGUUCCAAGGAAGGAAGAAAAGGGCCAUUGGGUAUCGAUGCAGAGAUUUUUGAGAUCACCCCAGUCUUCCAUCUGGUUGAGUUAAAAAAAUCUAGUGGAGAUACAUUGGAGUACCAAAAGCUUUUGAAACAGGAAGUUAGGCCUGCACUUAAGGACAUUGUUUGGAACUGGCAAGGAGAACAACCACAACCAUUGCAACAUGGAGUGGUGCAGAAAGAGGAACAACCUUCUUAUCCUGGCAUAUCAGAGGUUGUGCCACAAUCAACUGCGUAAUGAAUCUUGUCCCUAGAUUGGGUUUUGUAUUGUAGUAUAUGCUUUAUGUUCUUGGUCAAGUGCACACUGUCAUGUUGAUCGUUGUCGCGGAAUAAGGUGGGUGGUUAAGCAUGUAUGGAUUUACUUGCUCAGCUUGUUUAGUUAGUUUCUUAUUUGACCAUUUGGGUCUUCUGUUGUUAUCUCUGUAUUGAGUCUAUCGACUAUGUUAGAAAUGGCAUUAGCAUUUUUAAAAUGGCAUCAGAAUCUGCUUGAGCAUGUCUUGGAUACAAUGCUUCAGGAUCCCUUAUUUAUAAUGCCAGUGAAAAACACGGUCAAUUUUAAUUUAUAAAAUUCUUUUAAAAUUAUUAAUUUCAA